AUGACACAUCAUCAAAACUCUCAAGGAAUCCAAACAUUGUUGGAAGCUGAAAAGAAUGCUGCAAGAAUCGUUCAAAAAGCUAGAGCAUAUCGUGUUCAAAGGUUGAAAGAUGCUAGAACUGAAGCAGCAAGAGAGAUUGAAGAAUUAAAGGAACAAAAAAAUUUGGAAUUUCAAGAUUUUGAAGCUGAACAUGUUGGAUCUUCGGAUCAAUCUUCUGUUAAAGUUGCAUCAGAGACAGAAGAAAAACUAAAAGCAGUUCAAAAGGCUUUUAACGAAAGUAAAGAUUCUGUCAUAGAUAAAUUAUUAUCUGCUGUUACUAAUGUUGAACCAAAGGUUCAUAUUAAUGUUACAGUUCGGCAAUGA